AUGAAACUUAUAUCUACGAUAUUAUUGAUUUUUAGCAUCAUAUUUACAGGUGCACACUCUAUACUUGCAGCCGAUUUAGAAGCUGGAGAACAAGUUUUUUCAGCAAACUGUGCAGCUUGUCAUGCUGGUGGAAAGAAUGUAAUAAUGCCCGACAAAACUUUACAGAAGGAUAUAUUAGCUGAGAAUGGUAUGAAUAGUAUUUCAGCUAUAACCAAGCAGGUGAAUAAUGGCAAAAAUUCUAUGCCUGCAUUUGGAGGACGUUUAGCCGAUGAUGAAAUUGAAAAUGUUGCUAAUUAUGUAUUAAAUCAAUCUGAACAAGGUUGGUAG